CAAAGUAGGAAUUUCGAUGUUCAUUUUAAUGUUUUGUAUAAAAAUUACUUCAUGUGGGAGAUGAAGAUAAGUAAUGAACCGAGCAUUGUGGAUUAGAUGAAAUGCGGUUUCUUUGAAAUAAAUAAAAAAACAUAUGCAAGUGGAAAAAAACGGAUGGUGGAUGAUACCUGUAACCACAAUGGAAAGUGAAGUCAGCUGUGUUGGUAAUUGUAGAGAAUCAUGUUGUAGAAAUGAACGUGGCUUAGAAAAUGGGCAACUGGCCAUAUCUGUUACUGGUCAUUGUACGAAAUCUGAAAAAGAAGAAAAUAUCUAUAGAGAUAGCCUAUCUCUUCCCAGCUUACAAAGGUCUACCUCAUUGAGUUUGGUAGAGACUAAAUCUCGGUCUCCACCACCACCUAAACCACCUCGUAGAAAGUAUUCUGGCAAGUCUCUGAUAGAUUCAGAUUCUGAGUCAUCUGAAAUUCUGAGGAAGCUUACCCACCAAUACAACCAUCAAAAGGAUUCGGUGUUGGAAAAUGUUAAGCCUGAAAAUUCAGAUCAUUAUAGAAAAACCAAAGAUAGCAGGUGGAGUACUGAUGAAUUUUACUAUUCUCUUCCUGCUACACUUUCUCAGGAAACUAUUUGUAGCAGAACUAACAUUUCACCAAGUUUAGAAAAAAACAGAAACAGUUGUAAUACUCCAUUAUUUAAGGAUUCCUUUCAUCUUUCACCUUCUUCUACAAACCAUUCUCCUAUGUCUGUAUACCGUACACCCCCAGAAUAUCCCAUGACAAGUAACUAUUGUACUAGUGGACCAAGCAGUCUUCAGCAUAGGAUUGACCCACUCUGGUAUCCUAGUAGAAGAAAUGGCCAAGCAUUUAAAACCAGUAAUUGUGGAACAUUAAAAAAUAAAGAAAACGAAAAUUUUCGUGUUAACAGCAUUCAAGAACCUUUUCACAGAAGACAUAACAGUGACCCAUUAGUUCCAUGGGAUCAAACACAAAGCAGAAAAAGCUGCUCCAAAAGAAGUAGGUCAUUUGUGGACUCGCACCUUCAGAAUGUUCCCCAUGUUACUCAUCGUGGCCUUACAAAAGGUAGACAGUUACUAUGGGUACAGCAAGAUCCAGUAAUUUUAUUGGAAGAAAUUAGAAUGCUUGAAGAGAUAAAUGAUAAAUUAUGGCAGAAACUUCAAAAAGCCCAAGCAGAGAUUGAGAUACUUAGAAAGACAAGGGGAGAACCACAACCCCAGGUUAAUCAUCAUGGUCCUGGGUUUGCUGAGCUUUUAGCAGGUAUCUACUAUGCACAAAAGGAGAGAGACAAGUCAGUGACCUCGAGACUGAGACUGGCAAAUCAGGAGAGAGAUCAGGCAAUACAACAGCUUCAACAAGCUGUUCAGGUACUUGGGAAUAGACAUCUUCCAGACACAGACAGCAAUGAUGAUGAUGAUGAUGAAUCUGUAGAUGUGGAUCUAAACAAAGUGUUAGACAGUUUAGAAACAACACGCAGCCCAGCUCGUCUUCUUCACCACCAAGAGGCAUUGCUAGCAAAUCUUCACAAGGCAAAAAGCAGUAGACAACAUCAAAUGACAAAAGAGCUUAAUAUGUUACUACAGGAAAAGAAUGCUGCCAUAGAAAAAACAAAACUGCUAGAACAAGAAAUACUCCUUUGGAGAAGAAACAGUAGUUCUUGGAAAGAAGACUCUGAAGAAUGGGAAUCUAAACUAAAGGAAACAAUGCAACAGGCAACAGAAGAGUAUGAUUCACCUGUGACCAAGUAUGAGGAAUUAGAAACUCUUUGUAGGGACCAACUGUAUCUUUCAACUCAUGCAGAUGAUAAACAAGAUGUUGAGGCUACCUUCAAACAGUCUGAUCUGGAACCAGAAGUUGAAAAGUUACGAGAGGCUUUGAACUAUGAAAGUAGUGCAAGACAAAAUGCUGAAGAGAAUUGCCAAAGGUUAGAAAAUUUAGUAAGUGUACUGAAAAAGAAAGUUAAUGGACUCAGUGUUGGACUGCCAGUUUGAAUCAGUAAUUAGUCUAGUCAUGGUAACACACCAUGUUUUUUGUUGAUAAACACUUUAAAAUGCAGUUUGUUGCUGUUUACUUUUAAUUACAGUUUGCUGCUAUGAGUGAUUAGCUUAUAAUACAGUUUGUUACUGUUGAUGGCCAAUCCAUUAAAUGAGCUUGUUGCAGAAGGAGGCUUCUUUGUUAUGCAGUUUGCUACUGCUACUGUUGGUGGUGGUUACUGUCCAUUUCUGGGACCAAAAAAAAAGGUUGAUAUACAUAUAUAUAUAUAUAAUAUUUACAUGUGCAUAAGAGGUUUAGAAAUGACUGACUUGUAUCAAUUGUAUUAAAUCAGUAUUUGUGAGUUUUUAAUUCUCUGUGUUAUACCAUAUAUAUAUAUUAAUUUUAGAUGUAAUUAUUCCCUUUUUUUCCCUCCAUUUUGAC